GCAAAAACCAAUGCAUCUGUGAGGUUUCAGUAUGCAGCUAUCCUCACUCAACACGUCUAGGUGUCUCGCAAUCUCCAAUACAAACAACCUGUGAGGUUCAAUAUGUGUCUAUCCUCAUUCAACGCGUCUAUGUGUCCGGCACUCCAACAUCACUCAACCCGUGGGGUUCCAGCAGCUAUCCCCACGCAACCCGUCUAUGUGUCUGGCAAUCUCAAAUCUCCCCUUUCCGUGGGGGUUCAGUACGCAGCUAUCAUCACUUAACACGUCUAUGUGUCCGGCAAUCUCC